UCUGGUGGUCCCUGAAAAAAAAAAUCAAAGUAAUCUUUAUUGUUGUUAAUUCUGCCAUAUGUACAGGUCAUAUGCAGGAUUAAAACUUUGUUUCUCCCAGACCCCAUGGUUUAAACAUACAAGUACACAAACAAAAGAAUAGAAAAUGUAAGCACUAAAUCAAAGAAGGCUAAUAAAAUUUAAUUUAAAGGAAGUGAAAAUACACAAGCACCAACUUCAAAUAUAGAGCAGCAGCUUCCUAUAAAUGGAAAGUAUUUUUAGCUUUGGGGAGGGUCAAGAGUCAAAAAAAAAAAAAAAAAAGAAAAGAAAAGAAAAAGAAAAACGAGUCACACCGAGCCACCCCUUCUCUGAGAAGUAGACAACAGUCCCUAAAUGUUCCCGGACACUAACAAAGUAGCCCACCUCAAUCACUGCGGUGUGUCGCGCGCCUCCUGACAGUGCUGCCAACAGUUCGUGCGUGACAUUUGCUUUGGGGGCACGAGACGCGUGUGUCUGUAGUCGUCUUCAGGACAGUUUGUCUCAAAGUACAACAUUAAUGCGACUUAACUCCGUCGUUAACCUCCACAGCAUGAAAGCGCUAACUUUUGGGCUGACUCUUGUUCGACAUGGGGAAACACAGUACAAUAAAGAUGGCCUCUUACAAGGCCAGGCUAUAGAUUCACCCUUGUCUGACGCUGGGUUGCAGCAGGCGGAGGCUGCAGGCCGUUACCUGAAAGAUGUCAAGUUCACCAACGUGUUUGUCAGUGACAUGCUGCGGGCCCGGCAGACUGCUGAAACGAUAAUGAAACACAACAGUAGUUGUUCUGGUCUACAAAUGGCGUGUGACUCUUUACUUAAAGAGAAAAGCUUCGGGACAGCAGAGGGCGGACGGAUGCAGGACUUGAAAGAGAUGGCCAAGGCAGCCGGUCAACCAUUUUAUAGCUUCACUCCUCCAAACGGGGAGACUCAGGAGCAGGUGAAGGAGCGGGUCAAAGAGUUUUUGGAGAAAAUGCUUCAGCAAAUUGGGGCCGAACACUGGCGUGACAGAGGGGAGGAUGAAAUCUCAGAAACCUCUCCUGUGGAGGGAAAAGCAGACGAUGGGGUCAGGGGUGUCCCGGUCCACGCUUUGGUUGUCACCCACGGGGCCUACAUGUGCGUUGCAGUGCGCUUCUUUGUUGAGGAGUUACAUUGUUCCUUGCCUCAGGGUUGUGACAAAGCGCAAAUGUUCUCUUUAAGUCCUAACACAGGUCUGUGUCGAUUUAUACUAACCAUGAGAAAAGAGGAUGACGGGUUCAAAUUGUCUGGGAUUCGCUGUGUGUUUGUCCACAGAGGGGACCAUGUUAAACAGUAGGAGCUAGAUUUUAAGAAAAAUGUAG